AUGGCUAUGGUCGACAGAUCUGUGCUACCUAUUCCACUAAAAUGGGAAGGCCUUUCCCAAAGCCAGGCCAACCUACUUCUCGACUUUGUUAGGGAGGUUGUGAUCCUCCCGGAUACUCCGGUAGUCUCGGUCGAAAAGCAGGAUCGAUGCGACUUCCGGAGUUGUCCUGGGGUGAAUUGCACCUCCUUCGACAAUGUGGAGGAAGUACUGGCGGAAGAAGAACGUGUGGCUGGAAUUCGUGGGAGUAGCAAGGUCACGCGGCUUGCUCAAGUGAAUGAGGAGACGUACUUGCUGAGCAUGUUCCAUCGUUUCCAAGGAACGGCAGAAGUAUACCACGUGACUCGUGCCGGACUCCU